CCCCCCCAACGCCUCGCCCUCUCAGUCGCCUCCUCCCCUCCCGGCUCUUUCUCGGCCCCCUUUCCCCGCCCGUCCCCGCCGCAUCUCCCCUGUCCAGCUGGGCGGGGACUGCUGUACGACUCUGUAAAGUCUGUGAGUCACUGCACAACCCAUCAAUCCAAUUAAAUGUCUCGAGCGAGCCGAGCAGGGGGUGCUGCUGCCGCCGCCGCCGCCGCCGCUCGCCCCGCCGCGGCCGCCCCUGCUCGCAGCGCCCCUCUGAUCCAUGGCUGUCUGUCUGUACUUGUUACGGUGUAACCUCCUCCUCCUGCUGCUCCUCCACCUCCUCCUCCUCCUCCCUCUCCUCAGGAGCCGCUGCAACUUCCCCUCUGCCAGCCUCCUCUGCUUGGGGACUGCAAAGGCAUGGGAUAGAUCCAGAGCCACUUCUCUCUAUCUCCCCUUAAGCCCUCGCUCAAUUCCCCCCUCUUUAAAUUAAAGUCUGUUCCUCGCUCCUCGUCGUUUUAGAGAUUUAUUGGUCAGUCUGUUAUUUCCCCUGAUUUAUUUUCCCUCUCUGGGGUAAGGGGUCGCAGGAGCCGGUGGGCUUAUUUUAGGGAAGGGGCUCUCCACCCCCACCCCCGUUUCUCCUCCUUUUUCGGCCGUGACUUGAUUGCCCUGCUCCUCUCCGCUCCCACCCCUCGAACUCACCGUCCUGCACUGGAGUGACGCACCGACACCCCCGCCCACUGCCCAGACGUCCCCUCCCUCGCUGCCACCCCGACCCGACUCGGAGCUGGACCCGGUGCUGACUUCUUCGCAGAAGGAUAUAUGUUGGGUAAAGGAGAAAAACGGAAGUUUGACGAGCAUGAAGAUGGGCUGGAAGGCAAAAUCCUGUCUCCCUCCGAUGGGCCAUCCAAGGUGUCUUACACCUUACAGCGCCAGACUAUCUUCAACAUUUCCCUUAUGAAACUCUAUAACCACAGGCCCCUCACAGAGCCCAGCUUGCAAAAGACCGUUCUGAUCAACAACAUGUUGCGGCGGAUCCAGGAGGAGCUCAAACAGGAAGGCAGCCUGAGGCCGGUGUUCGCCUCCGCCGCCGCCGCCGCCGCCGCCGCCGCCGCCUCGCCCCCCUCCGGCGCGCCGGGCGGCCCGAAACCCGAAGACCCGAAGCUCAUGGACUCUCUGCCCGGGAACUUCGAGAUCACGACGUCCACGGGGUUUCUGACAGACUUGACCCUGGACGACAUCCUGUUUGCCGACAUCGACACCUCCAUGUACGACUUCGACCCCUGCACGUCUGCCUCGGGGACGGCCUCGAAGGUGGCCCCGGUGUCGGCCGACGACCUCCUCAAGACUCUGGCCCCCUACAGCAGUCAGCCGGUCGCCCCGAGUCAGCCUUUCAAAAUGGACCUCACGGAGCUGGACCACAUCAUGGAGGUGCUGGUCGGGUCCUAAGAGCCCCGGCCCGGCGCCCGCGCCGCCCAGACCCUGCGAGUGUCCCUGCACCCCACAGCUCUCCGCACUGUGCAUGCACCCUUGCUUGCCUUUUUCCGAGGAAAAGAUCGUUUUACAAGAGGAUCACACUAGUUUUUGCUUUGAGCAGAGUUGGAGUGCCUUCAUCCACGUCUGACCACUUUUAAUACGCUUUCCUGAGUGGUUCUCCCAGACCUACUGCCCUGGAACAGGAAAGAACGCUUUUGAAGACAAUGUUGCCGUGCCGAAUGACAAAAAUAAACAGUUUAAGUGAAGCACAAGGAAUACGUCGGAAAAGCUGUAAAUUGCAUGUGCAUAUUUGUCUAUUUUUUCUAUAAGUUUUAUUGCAAGAGGUAAAGAGAGAAAAUAUAUAUAUAUAUAUAUUAUUUAGAUAAUCUCAGUACCUUUUCUGGCAUUUUCGCCCUGUAUAGGUUGACUUGGCAAUUCAGCCUUUUUAGAGGCAUUAACUACUCCUCCUAAGUGUUGCAUUUACAUGGCUGUUUAGAAACUGCUGCCCAAAUUUAUUUUCUAUUUUUGUACAGAUUCUGCAGUUUAUGAUAUUGUUUUUCUAAAAACAAAUGCUGUUUAUACAUAUGAGAUAGCUAUUUUGAUAGGAUUUGCUCACAUAGUUCCUGCAAACUUCAGAUGUACAAGUUACACUUGUACUUUUAUAGAGUUGUAAUGUUUUAUAUGUGUUUGGUGCAAAGAGAAAAUUGGGUCAAAUUAAUCCGCAGUUGAUAUCCCCAAAUGAAAAUGCACGCGCGUGCAUGCGUGCACACACACUCUGCUUUAAGAAAGGGCCAGGCAAUAUCACACCCAAAUUCCACAGGCACCAACCCCCCUGGGAUGAACACCCGCCAGCACCGCGACUUCCAGAGCCAGAGCCGCGUCUGCUCCUCAAACUUGCAUUAUGCAGUUGGCGGGAGAUGGCUGUGGAGCUCAGGGGGGUGAUGUGAUGGUUCUCUUUAGCUCCCCCUCUUGAGGGGAAGCCUACCGAAUACUCGCUGUAUUUAUGCCAAGUUUGUGCUUUUAAUUGUUUUUAUUUUAUUUUUUUAAACAAACCCCCAAACCUUUCCCUUUUGGCAUAAUUUUUAUGAUGACCCGAAAUUUUUCACGAGAACAAAAUUUUCUGAAAAGUAACCAACCUCUUUGUGGAACUAAAACCCUAUUGCAAAUGCUUAGGGCUCUUAAGAAAGGAACUACCCCCAGAAGGCAUCCACUGUGUUGCUCAGUUGUCUUUUCCAGCUUCCCCUCCCUAGAGCCUUCGUUCCUUCUGUUGCUAAGUGCUGAAAAUGUCAUCUUCGAGAUCACCACAGCGAGCUCAGCUCACCUCGGGCCAGCCUGGGAUGCUGUCCUGUAACAUCCGUGGCUCUUGAACCUGGAGUUGGUACCAUUAUGUCACAGCUUCCGAUCUGGUUGCUUCCUUCAAUCAACUGCUUUAACUACACUUUGCGAGGCUGUUUUACCCAAAUAACACAGACAGGACUUUCUAUGCAUGUUUCUCCUCCUUCCCCUUGCCUCCCUUCCACCCCCCCCGCCCAGGACACUUGAGAAGUCGCUCUUUAUUCCUAGUGGUGUACAUUUAAUUUUAAAACAUUUGCAGUGUAUCAUGCUCUUUGCCGAAACUGUUGAUGGCCUUUUCGUUUCAGUUUUUCUUUCUUCCAAUGGUACUUUAGCUGGAUACAAACUAUAUUGUUGAACUUCAGAUGGCUUCUUUAGGAAUAACUUUUAUAUUUAUUUAAGAAUUUUUAAAUUAUGGGAUUUGUAUUGUUGUUGUUGUCUUUGUUGUUGGUCAUUUGUCAAUAUUCAGCCACCAAUUCUGCUCACGUCUUGCCAUGGAUAAAAUUGAGUCCUUCUGGCCAAUUAAAAAAGACAGCUUUAUAAAAUGGCACUUUAAACAAGCCAUAGAUAGUUUUAUUUUUAUAAUGCACAUGGCAAAGCAAAUACAUUUGUGAUGAAGGAGCUGCUCAUCUAAGCAAGCAAUUUGUGUAUGAUAGGAUUAAAUUUUCCUGUAUUCGAAUUUGCUUUUCCCCCACUUGAAUGUGUUUUUAAAGGCUAAUUGUCGACUCAGUAGAGCAGCGAAAAACAGAUCAAAUUGCACUCGCUCUCCUAUGAGCAACCUCUACCUGGACACCCUUACUGCUGAGACGUGUCAUCUCCUUUGAUAGGACCGGGGACCGUAGCGGUCAGGGGAGGGUUGUUGUAGAUGCUUCCGGUGUCACUGUGCCUGUCCAUUUGAAGAGCUUCCUUUUCCUGUGGAGAACAAGACCGCCCAGACGCCAUGCUUUUGAUAACCAGAGGACCCGGCCAGCUCGCCACAUGCCGCACACAUACACAUACAUACACAGACACAAUAGUGUUGAUUAUUCUGAACAAUAACAGGGGAAGGCGGUUGAUUUGCCAUUGUUAAAAACUGAUUUACAGUAACUUAGAACAACUGUACUUUGGUUGGAUUAGCAAAUCGUGUGUUUAAACAAAUCCCAUAUGUUGGGCAACAGUUCAAAUAAGCACAGCAAAGUGUUGCCCAAACAUGGUUCUCUGACUCUCUCAUGUAUGCAAGGCUGGGCUUCAAAAUCAAAACAGAAAACCCCCCACAACAGCAAGCAAAUGCUUUUUAACUCUGGACACCUUUGCCACAAAUGCUUGACGUUCAAGGUCCACUGAGGAGGACACGGGAGAUCAGUGGCCCGUUUGUAAAAGAACAAAACUGUCAAGUGUUCAAGUGAACUUUGUCUUAUUUUUGCAGAGCGAUGUCCCAGCGGGGAAGCACGCCGGCCCGGGUGCAACCUCCGGGUCCCCAUCUCAAGUGGGGGAUGUGCUUCUAGGUGCCACCUGGCGGCUGUGCCUUCCCCCUUGCUAACGGACCUCGCGCGGCAUUCCGAGUCAGGCAGGUGUUGAGGUGCCUUCCCGGGAAGGGCGUGCUGGGUGGGGCUGGGAGAGGAAAACUAUUGACAGUGAUGUGCAAUGAAGUGACAAGAUGAGAGCAGAAUAAUAAGAGCUUUGAAUUUGAAGUGAUUUUUUUUCAUAAGUUAUUUAUUCCUUUUGUCUUCUGUGUAAAUAUAUUUAUUUUACUGUGGAGCUCUAACAACAUCUGGAUCAUAACCCGUGCGGAAUGUAUGGUAGGAAUGGAUUCUCUUGUAGGAAUGUCAGUCUGUAUUCAGAGGGGGUCUGAGCCAGACCCCUGGGACUUCUCAGCUUAUGCUCAGUCCACAUUCAGUUUUCACCUCUUCUCUAAUCUAGGUCUAUGUGAAAUAUGCAAAAGGUAUGGAUGAGGAAUGUUUCAAUACCUCCAAAUUUUUUCAGAAAAUCAAGCAGCAAAGGGUUGAUAUUUUUAACUUUUUUUAGUGACACUUUCUCUUUCUGACAGAAGGGGCAAUCACACCAACACCCUCUCUCACACCAGAGGGGGAGAACUGGCCAGAACCCCCGCUACACCUCGAGUGUCUUUAUCAAUUGAGCUUUUAUUGCCAUAUCCCCGUGGAGUAUCCCAACUGCCCUGAGGUCAAUCAAGGAAAAUUUCUUGAAUAAAUAAGCUCCAGAGAGCCAAAGUAUCAUCUUACAGAUCGUUUUUAAAGCUUAAAUUUAUUAACCACCUUUGUGGUAAACAAUGAAUUAUGAAUACUGCAGGGCAGCCUUCUUAAAUGACAGACGUAAAAAAAAAGACUCUAAUUUGUGCAGCGAUUGUUACCCUCUAUAUGAAUUGUCUUAAUUUCAAAGCCUUGCUCUUACAAAUUGGACCUUUCUACUACAUUUUCUGAGAAUACUAAAAAGAGCAUAUGUAACCUGUUCUGGCAGCGAAUGGUUAACUUCCUGUAACUGCCGAAGGCAGCAAGGUGUGUGCGUCCUGCUUGUGUGCAAUUGUUCUCAGUGCUUCUAAGAACGAGUCUCGGUGGUUCCUGAAAAUUAGCCAGGAUCAAAUGCUAUUGCAGACAGAGCCGAUAAGGAUUUUGGAUGUCUUUUGGGGAUAACAGGUUUGGGAGAGAAGUACAGUCCAUACAAGCAAACAAACAAGAUUUUGGAAAAGCUGUACAUAGUGACAUGUUUGGUGCAUGGUUUUUGAGGAAGGCUUUUGUCAAAAAGGAGGUGUAACCUUUCCCCCACAGACCUGAGAGCUGUGCCUUUUCUAUGCAAUAUUACAGACGUCACAUCGGAACCCAGAUAGCUGUACUCACACGUAGGUUUGGGCUGUAAUCUAAACGAUUGGACAGAUUCAAUGGACAUGGAAAUAAGCAGUCUUACUUUUGUAGUUUUAUAUUAUACAAUAAACAGUUAAAAGAUGAGA